GCGGCUUGGAGUGUGCUGACAUUUGGGCUCGCCAGCUGAGCCAUGAGCCUCUGCAGCGUGCAGGUAGUCUGCUGCCGCCCCGCACCGCUCCUUCCACUGGCCUCGUCCCAGCGGCGCAGGACUGAGAGGAGGUGUUAAAGUGAAUGGAGCCCGACGCCGAUCGCCUCCAGAGUCGCCGCGGCCGCUGCAGGAGGGGAAAGAAAACCUGACGGACUGGGGAUCACCCCGGGGACUGUCGGAGGAGCUCGAGUUUCUCACGUCAAACUUCCCGUUAUAGUGACCUUUCUGCGCGCCGAAGUGGGAGGACACCUACGAAGUGUAAUGCUGAAAUAUGAGAGAACGGAACCGGGGCGGGUGAAGGCACAUGGGAGAGUACUGUUCGUGUACUCUGGGCUCUGAAAGAGAGAAAAAACACGAUUUACGUGGAGCUGGAUUUGGCGACGAGGGAUGAGUGCAAGAAGCUGAUCUGUGGUUCCGGACAAACCUCUGCACGCCUCUCUCUCUCCAAACAACCUCAAUGGAUAUAUAGACUCAGAGGGCUGCACACACGCGCUGUUACACCUAAAGUACCAUCAGAUUUUACAAAGCCGCGAGCUCAUCUAGAGGGGAGAGCCAAAAUCAAGAGGAAGCUCGGAUUCAGAAGCCAAAAUGUUGCGGUUGUCUUUGACAGCUUUAAGUCUCUCCUGGACUUUGUUCAUAUGUAUGAACAGAAGUUGUGCACAAGAAAGACAGGGUUACUUGGUUGCUGCACCCUCUGUGUUUCGUGCCGGCGUUGAAGAGACUGUAAGCAUAACCAUCUUCAAUGCUAAAGCAGAGACACGCGUCCAGUUGCAGCUGUCAGUGAAGGGACAAGCAGUUGCCCACAGCCAUGGCUCAGUGCUCGAGAAAGGAACCAUCAAACUAAAGGUUCCCCCUGGGCUCAGAGGCCAGGCUCAUCUGAAAGUCUGGGGAAACCGUCACCUCACAGAGGGAGGUUACAUUUUCCACAACUUCACCACCGUUACAGUGGAGAGCAAGGGCACAGCUGUCUUCAUACAGACUGACAAACCCGUCUACAAACCCAAACAUAAAGUGCUCAUCAAUGUUUACACCGUCACCCCCGACCUGAGACCUGUGAAUGAUAAGAUUGAGGCAUAUGUUUUGGAUCCAAGAGGGUCCAGGAUGGUCCAGUGGAAAGACCUAAAAUCUGUCUGCUGUGGAGUUGUGAACAUGAGUUUGCCUCUGUCUGACCAGCCUCUGUUUGGAGAGUGGUUUAUUUUUGUUGAGGUGCAGGGCCACACCUAUAACAAGUCGUUUGAAGUGCAGAAAUAUGUGAUGCCCAAGUUUGAAUUGGUGAUUGAUCCUCCAAACUAUAUCCGGGAUCUGAACUCAUGCGAGGAGGCCACUGUCAGAGCAAGGUAUACAUUCGGGAAGCCAGUGACGGGGAAGAUGACAGUCAAUAUGACUGUUAAUGGAGUGGGCUAUUAUCGACAUGAGAUGGGCCAUCCUGUGAUCAAAACCAUGGAGAUCAGAGGCUCAGCAAAUUUCAGCAUCUGUGUCAAGGACAUGAUGCCACUGGACGUGGCUGAUCACUUCAGAGGCACGGUCAGCAUUUGGGUGUCAGUGACCAGCGUCGAUGGAAGCAGGCAAACCACAUUCGACGAUUCCACACCGGUCCAUAAGCAGCUCAUUGAUAUUAAGUACUCCAAGGAUACACGCAAACAGUUCAAACCUGGCCUGCCGUACAAAGGAAAGAUUGAAGUCACUUUUCCUGAUGGAAGUCCAGCUGAUGGCGUGAGAGUGCGUGUUAAGGCAGAGCUGACACCCAAGGACAAUGUCUACACCAGUGAACUGAUCUCAAAGAAUGGGCAUGCCACCUUUGAGAUCCCCUCAAUUCCUAUCGCUGCGCAGUAUGUCUGGCUUGAGACCAAAGUGACUUCUAUUGAUGGCAAGACGGUGGGAGACCAAUACCUGCCCAGCUAUUUGUCCAUCAGUAGUUGGUAUUCGCCAAGCAGGUGUCAUAUUCAAAUCCAGAGCCUCAGCGGUCCACUCAAGGUUGGCCAAGAGGCAGAACUGGCUCUCAAGUCUACAUGUCCCUGUAACUUCACGCUGCACUAUGAAGUGGCAUCCAGGGGAAACAUUGUUUUAUCAGGUCAACAACCAGCAAAUCUGACAGCCUCACACCGAGGGAAAAGAGCCACAGUCACGUUUGACAAGAACAUACACACCACUCGCCUGCCUCCCUCUGUUUCUGGUGUGGCAGGCACUUCCUCCCAGGCCGAGAUGGACAGCUGUGUUUCGUAUCUACGUUUCCCUGUUAGUCACAGCAUGGCGCCGUUCAGCCGCUUACUGGUCUACUACGUGAGAGAAAACGGUGAGGGUGUCACGGACAGCCUGCAAAUCCCUGUCCAGCCUGAAUUUGAAAACCAGGUAUCCAUUUCUGUGUCAACAAAUGAGUCCUUGCCGGGAGACCCAGUGACUCUCCGUGUCCGGGGCGAGAGAGGCUCCUGCGUUUGUGUGGCCGCAGUGGAUAAGAGCCUUUACCUGUUGAAGCCUGACUUCCAGCUGAGUCCUGACAAGGUGUUUAAAGAGCUGGCAGAUUUUGAUGUGUCAGAUGCUUUUGGUGUCCCCAAAGAUGAUGGACACUUCUGGUGGCCUGGACUUGCAUCAAAGCGACGCAGGCGGUCCUCUGUGUUCCCCUGGCACUGGGACAUCACUAAGGAUGCACGCUUUGCAUUCACAGAAACAGGUCUAGUAGUGAUGACAGACAUGGUAAGCUUAAACCACCGGCAGAGUGGAGGCAUGUAUACAGAUGAGGCUGUUCCUGCCUUUCAGCCGCACACCUCCACCCUAGUGGCUGCCAUGCACUCCCGCUCCACAACCAGAACUGAGAAGCGGAGGCGCACAUUUUUCCCGGAGACUUGGGCGUGGCACUGCUUCAAUGUGAGCUCUGAAACCGGGGACGCUGAGCUCCAGCUGGAGGUGCCAGAUUCAAUCACCACAUGGGUGGCAGAGGCCGUAGGGCUGUCUGAAGAGCGAGGACUGGGUUUAGCCGCGAGAGCUGAACUUCGUACUUUCAAACCCUUCUUUGUGGACUUCACGCUGCCCUAUAGCCUCAUCAGAGGGGAGCAGACCAAAGUGCCCCUAACAGUCUACAACUAUCUGCCUACAUGUGCCGAGGUUCAUGUAAAAGUGUCAGUGCCAAAGGGCAUCAAGUUUGUUGGCCAUCCUGGAAAGCACCAUCUCACCAGAAAGAAGUGUGUUUCUCCGGGAGAAGCUACUCCUACAUCCAUUGUUUUGUCUUUUACCGAACUUGGAUCCGUCAACAUCACAGCGCGUGCCAUUGCAUACAGUGAACCAAGCUGCUGUUCAGAUGGAUUUCCGGCAGCAAAAAUGGGGAAUGAUGCUGAAGAAAGAAGAAUCCCUGCUGGACAUGACUUCGUCCGUAGGACUGUCCUUGUGGAGCCAGAAGGCCUGCUCAGAGAAUACACCUACAGUGUCUUCUUCUGCCCUAACGAGAGGAUCCACAUUUCCACUCCUAACAAAUAUGAAUAUCAGUAUGUGAAAAAGCCGGCCAGGAUGAACCAGUUCCAGGUGGCAGUGAAGACCCACAACGAUGCCCAUUUUGCCCUCUCUGCCAGUCCCCACGACAGCGCAGAGAUGCUAGAGAUUGUACUCGGGGGCAGGCAGAACACUCGCUCUUGGAUUUCAGUGGGCAAGAUGGGGGAUCCACUGGUCAGCGCCUCGACGCCAGGCAUCCUGUCGUGGGAUGAGUUCCGCAGCUUCUGGAUCAGCUGGAAGGGCAACACGGUACAGGUGGGCCAUGGCUUACAUCCGUCCAAUGAAUCGGUGAUCCUCCAGUGGGAUGGCCAGUUCCAAGGACAGGUGCGACACAUUGGCUUUUCGACAGGCUGGGGCUCAGUUGGAGAGUUUAAAAUCUGGAGGAAAGAAGACUCUGAUGAUAACCACAAUGAGGCCUUCACACUGGGGGUGCCGCACAACAUGGUGCCAGGAUCUGAGAGGGCCACUGCAUUUAUGAUUGGGGAUGUCAUGGGGCCAACACUAAAUAACCUGGACAAGCUGCUCAGGCUGCCGUUUGGGUGUGGCGAGCAGAACAUGAUUCACUUUGCUCCAAACGUCUUUGUCCUGAAGUACCUGCAGAAGACCAGGCAACUCAGCCCCGAGGUUGAGAAUGAAGCCACUGACUACCUGCUUCAAGGAUAUCAAAGACAGUUGACCUACAAACGACAGGACGGCUCUUACAGUGCCUUUGGUGAAAGGGACUCAUCUGGCAGUAUGUGGUUGACAGCGUUCGUGCUGAAGUCCUUCGCUCAGUCUCGGGGUUUUAUCUUCAUCGACCCCGAGGAGCUCCGGGCAGCCAAGUCCUGGCUCAUCAAACACCAGCGAAAGGAUGGAUCCUUCCCUGCCAUGGGACGCAUUCUCAACAAAGACCUGCAGGGAGGGAUCCACGGGAAGAUUUCACUCACAGCUUACGUAGUGGCAGCUCUGUUGGAAACAGGGAUAACCACAGAGGAAGAGAAGGUGGCGGUGGCCAAAGCCAAGGAUUUCCUGGAGAGCAACACAUACUCUGCCGAUGAUCCUUACACUACCGCCCUGUCUGCAUACGCCUUGGCUCUGCUCCGGAGCCCCUACGCCCCCCUGGCUUUGCGCCGCCUCAACCACAUGGCCAUCACUCAAGAUGGACUCACACACUGGAGCCUGACUGGCAGCACAAUGACUGAUGAAGACACCUUCAUGGGCUUCAGCGAUGGCCUCUCACAAUCAGUUGUGUCUGCUGAGGUGGAGAUGACGGCCUAUGGUCUUCUGACCUACACUUUGCUGGGUGACGUAGCUUCUGCCCUGCCUGUGGUCAAAUGGCUCUCACAGCAAAGGAAUGCAUUGGGAGGCUUCUCCUCGACGCAGGAUACGUGCGUGGCUCUGCACGCUCUGUCCGAGUAUGCCAUCCUGUCAUAUGUCAGUGGAGUAAACCUCACCAUCUCGCUGGCCUCCACCAACCUGGACUUCCAGGAGACCUUUGAGCUCAACAGAGACAACAAAAAACUCCUUCAGAGUGCCAAGAUCCCAAGUAUUCCCACAGGCCUAUUCGUCAGUGCAAAGGGAGAGGGCUGCUGCCUUAUGCAGAUCGAUGUUUCGUACAAUGUACCUGAUCCAGUAUCCAAACCAGCCUUCCAGCUCAAAGUGGUUCUGAAGGAGCCUUUUCAGGAUCGACAUCUGCAGCCCUCCUCAUCUUCAUCACCGUCCCGUCAAGCAAACUCGCGCUCCCGUAGCCGAGCCGACAACCGCUCUGAGCUCAUCCGAAGGCGUCGGGCACCCAUUGACGACGACGAUCCUGCAGCCCAUCAGGAUAAAAUGGACUUCCACAUCACUUUGGAAGUUUGUGCCAGGUGGCUCCAUUCAGGUUCAUCUAACAUGGCCGUUAUUGAAGUUCCUAUGAUUUCUGGUUUCCGAGCGGAUGUUGAAAGUCUUGAGAGGCUCCUGAUGGACAAGAGAGUUGGCCUGAAGCGAUAUGAGGUGAACGGGAGAAAAGUGUUGUUCUACUUUGAUGAGAUUCCCAGUCAGUGUAUGACGUGUGUGGCCUUCCAAGCUGUCAGGGAGUACAUUGUGGGCAAGACUGCGCCUGUUCCAGUCAAGAUCUACGACUACUAUGAACCAGCUUUUGAGGCCACCCGGUUCUACAACGUUAGUGAGAGCAGUCCCCUGGCACGGGAGCUGUGUGAUGGACCUACAUGCAACGAGGUGGAGAGUUCAACCAGCCAGUGGACCGGUUUUGUGCAGGCAAACCAGUGCAACAACGUGUUUGGCUGUCUGGAAGAGGAGCAGUUUGAGCGUUGCACUUGCUACAGGGACUGUGGUUACGAUGGAGAGCCUGUUUGCGGGUCAGAUGGCCAACUGUACCAGAACCAGUGUCAGAUGGAGGUCUUCGCUUGUCGUAAUGGGACACGGAUCAAGCAAGUUCCACUGUCCCAAUGCCCACACAUGGCGACCACAGAAAACACGCAACCAGCAGUCAGCCAGGAAACUGAGCAGCCCUCUGUGCCCGUACACACAGGUGAAGAGGAGCAGGGCUCCAUAGCAGAGGUUUCCUACUAUUCCUAUGAAUAUGACCCGGAUUCUGACCCCUUCCUCGCCGAUGCAGAUGGAGGGGAUCAUUUUGACAUUCCUGAUAGUGGUGGGGACUUAGAGCAGAAGGUGCUCCUACCAGCAGAUACCCAGCUUCCCACACUGGACACAAAGAACACCCCAGAGCGAUGAAAUGCUCACAGAGUUGAAGCCAUACUCUCUUAAAUUGUACAUUAUUUGUGAAUAUGAUAGUGAAUGGAAAGAGAAGAGAAACUUUGGACUUGAUCAGCCUGAGAAGAGGAGUUGGUGUGGUCUGGAGACUGAGUGUGUGAGUUUGUGGAUUACAUGUGGAUGCUUCUACCUGUCUGUGUGCAGCUGAAUGUGACGUUGUGAUUGUCAUUAUGUUAGAAUCGUCCAGACUUUUAUAUUUCUUCCAGUAGACUCUUAGUCAUCAAUAGGCACCAUAGCAUCUUCGUUAUCCACUGUACUGCCUUUGUAAUCAUUAGAGGAAAUAAUCAAGUAUUUAUGUUUGUAAUUACACCUGAGGGUCAACAAAAUAUUUUGUUAUAUUUUCUAUCUGUGGUAUUUAUUUGUAGCUAGAGGUCAUAUCAUUUUUUAAGUCAUCCUCUGCCCAGUUUACUUUUUGACCUGACUGUUCUUUGAGAUGUGCUUAUUAUCUAAGAUAUUUUUUUUUUCCUCUUUCAUAGCAAGCUUUAACCCAGUUAUUGAACUGUUUGACGAAAUUCUUGUACUGGUAUCCUGCUGGAAAAAAAAGACAUGUCAGCCAUAUGCUUUACAGAAACAUAAGCUGAAGUGUUUUUCAUUUUUAAGCUUUUUGUUUGACUGUUUGUCUUCAUUAGACAGUUCAGUGUAGACUAACAGGAAACACAAGGGGAAAGGAAGGAGACUCACACACAACAAAGGGCCUCUGGUCGAGCCGAGCCAAGAAUCUGGUACAGAGGACAUGAGCCUUUCGACAGCCGGUCAUCCUGAGCGCCCCGGCUCAAUUGUUCCUGAAACUUACUCAACCAAGAUACCAACAUGAUCUACUCUCACCGCUCACCUUAACUUCUUUGAGAUUUGAUUGUACAGUUCAUAAGCUAUUUUGUGUUUGUCAAAUUUUGAUUCAUGAAGCAGUCAAGUCAAACUUAAAGAAUGAAGUUAUGAAUUUCUGUAAAUUCACCAAAUUUGAAACUGUAAUCCCAGUACAUAUCAAACAUUGUGAUUUUUAAACAAAAUAAAAAUUUAUAUACAAUCCAGGGUUUGGAAUUUGUUGAGU